ACACAACUCGUACAUCUACCAAUCCGCACAGUCUAUUCAUCCAAGCCAUCACAACUCGCUGUUAAUAUCUCUAAAUAAAGCAACCGGCACCACGUUUACCGGUAGUUGACCUGGCUUUCACAAGCAUGGUAGCCGCCCAAGUAUAUUCUCCUCGCGGGGUUAUUGGUCUACAUGCAGCCUUGCAGAACAGGGUCCGGAGUAUAGAGAUGCUCCUUCGUCCUGGUAGCGAGUUGACGUACAUUCCUACGAGAAACUCUAUCUGAUCUUGCAACUUCCACACCAUUCUCGUACCACCGUCUCGCGUCUGUCUAUUCAUCUGAUCCUUCCUCGUCGCAACACAACUUCAGUCGCGCCAUCAUGAGCCAGGCUCUUCUUCUCUCUGUUCUGUUCCCUCUCCUCGUGCUUGCGCAAGACUCAAGUCAAGCGACUGGGCUACCAGCUGCGGGGUACAAUGGAGGGACGGACAAUCCCGUAGAUCCAGAUGAUGCUGGCGCAGCAGGAGGAACAAAGGGCGCUUUUGGACUGUCGAGUGGUGGGCUGGUGGCCAUCAUUGUCGUCGCUGUCGUCGUGGUCAUUGGAGGCAUUGGCUCUGCAUCACUCUGGUGGCUCGCAAAGAAACGUCAAUGGGACGUUCGACAGUCCAUUCGCCGUGCCUCACGUCGUAUUACCGGUCGCUCAACCGUUAAUAACACCAAGAACCGCGAGAACCGAAGAACAGGAAUCCGUCUCAACUCUCCACCACCUGGGAAAAACAGCAAACCUACACAGACUCGCGAUCUUGAGAAGGGCGUGCCAAUGUCGAGUAAGGUCCCAAAGAUGACAACGACAAUUACAAGCGUGGGGAAGUAGGCGCACAAUCAGCUUACGACACGAUGCUAUUUAUCAGAUGAAAGAGAUCUAUGUUUCGUUGCUGCACGGUGUGUUCAACACUGGGGGACGAAUGAGUAGGAGCUAGACUGGUCAUCACACGACACCGUACGAUGGCACCAGGACCAGCAAUCGAUACAGUUGCUCGCGCGGUUCGGCUAGAUUCCGACGUAGUAUGUGCGAGCAGAGACCAUGGUGACAGGAGUUUACGGACGGGUUACGAUCAAUUUUAGUUAAUGGGGAUUUACUUUCUUGCUUGGCAUAUUCUUCAUGCUCACGAUAUCCAUUUUUUUCUGGGAGGCGCAUUUUGGAGGCAUAGAAUGAGA